UACGACAUGUUUUCUAUAAAGAUCUCGUCACCAACAUGUGAAGAACUCGGGAUUCCACGAGAUUGUGAUGACCAACCAUGUGUUCCGAUAUUCCCCACGGCUGCGAGGGUAAUCAAAAACCCUUCCCUUCACUUCGAUGGAUUAAGGUAUGAAGCCUCCCUUAAAGGUGUAGUGCCGAAGCGGGAUCCCUUUUCUCCAUUGUGCAUAAUCCCACUACCUUCAGUCAUGGCGGAACAGGGUGAACCGAACUGUAUUGGGAAACGAAAUGAACGCGAACGGGAACGCGUGCGCUGUGUGAACGAAGGUUACACAAGGUUGCGGGAACACCUACCACUGGAACGCAAAGACAAACGGAUUAGUAAAGUGGACACAUUACGAAAGGCCAUAGACUAUAUCAAACACCUUGAGGACAUUCUUGCCCAGGAUGACAGUGAGCAUAACCACAGCUUCACGCCAGACUCGUUCAUCGAAAGAAACUCGCGACCUGUCAGUCCAAUACCCAAAUCUAGAUUUAGCGAAGAAAUGUGCGAUAGUUUCUCAGACACGGAUAGUAACACCACAGACAAUUCUGAUUCCUGUCACCGGAAACGAUCUCUAAAAGCCAAUGACUCUAUUGCAAAUAGUCAAGUGCAUUGUCCUGAGAAACGAAAGUGUGUUCAUAACGCGUAA